AUGGAGGAGGACGAGGGGGUGGCCGGAGGCGGGGAGCCGCGGCGCCCCCACCGGCGCCCCGCGCCCGCGCCGCCGCCCGCGCGGCCCCCCAGCCCCAGCCGCCUCGACGUGAGCUCCAGCCGCUUCGACCCGCUGCUGGCGCUGUACUCGGCCAGCACGCCGCUGCCCUUCCCCGGCGCGCCCUGCUUCAACAACCUGGCCGAGUACGAGAGCUUCCAGCGGGGCCUGCUCCGCCCGCGCGGCCGCCGCGGCCCCGCCGCCCGCCGCGGCCCCGCCGCCGCCGCGGCCCGCGCCGCCCGCCGCGGCCCGCCCGCCGCCGACCCCGAGCGCAUCCAGCGCCUCCGCAGCCUCAUGGUGAACGCGGGCGCCGAGCAGGGCGCGGCCGAGGGCGGCGCGGCGGCCCGGCGCAGGAGGGCGCCGCGCAACGUGCUCACCAGGAUGCCGCUUCAUGAAGGCAGCCCACUGGGGGAGCUUCAUCGCUGUGUCCGAGAUGGUGUGAAAAUCAAUGUCCAUAUCCGCACUUUCAAAGGGCUUCGUGGAGUCUGCACAGGGUUUUUGGUUGCAUUUGACAAGUUCUGGAAUAUGGCCCUGACGGAUGUGGAUGAGACAUACAGGAAACCAGUACUGGGCAAAGCUUUCUAUGUUGAACCUCAGCUCACUCUAACCAGGCUGUUUGACAGACUCAGACUGCAGGAGUCUUCAGUAAAGAAGGGAGCUGACUCAAAGACUGUCUCAGAGGAGCUAGUCUUGACAGAUGACUCUCAGACGCUUGGAUGGAAAGCGGGAUCAGCACGAGGGAGAACAGAAGAUGAGCACGAGAGGCAAAAACGCUUGAGCAGAGCUGGAGAAAAGAAGAUGCCAGGUGACAGUUUGCAUCUGGCUAUCAGAGGUGAAGCUGAUGUGGGUAGCGGGGCUGUCCACACAGAGAGUGCCAGUGCUGGUGGCACCCAGGCAAGAAGCCAGUCACGGAGAAAGAAGAGGCCCAAGGUGGAUUAUCAGCAGGUGUUCACGCGCCACAUAAACCAGAUUUUUAUUCGAGGAGAGAAUGUCUUGCUUGUCCAUUUAGCGCACUGAUUUGGCUGAGCCUUCUUCAGUGUAUUUAUUUGAUAGCAUGAAUUGUAGCUCUCAUUGCUAUUUAGCAUUCUUGUUAAAUAUCAUGGUAGUCUGACUGUUUUCCCAUUGCCAUAACAAGGUAGGGGAGAUGGUUUGAACUGGGGCAUCCUGAGCUUGUUGCCAAAGCAGCCUUCUUCGGUCUUUGUUGGGGGUGGUUCUCAGGACAAGUUCCGCAACACACUUGUUUCUGUGAGAUGAGGGAGAUGAGCACAGAUCCCAGCGCUCCCGGAAAGAAACCUAAAUGAAGAGAGCUGGAAGAGAGUUUUGCUGUAGUUGGUUAGAGGAGCUAAUUGUGGCAUGUAUUUAAGGAGCAUAAAUUUAGACCUUCACCAGAAGUGAGUCAAUAAUGCUGUAUAUUUCACGUGUUCCGAGUAAUCUCAAGAGAAGAUUACUGAUGAAACCAACAGUUUAUGUACUGUUGUUACAGGGAUGUGUUUUUUUCCAGAUGUAAUUCCAGUAGUAAUUUUGAAAUAGUAUAUAAAAAAAGUGGGAUGAUGUACUUCUGAUGGCUAUUAGCCUCUUCUUCAUAGUUAGCUCUGUAAUGCUCUGCAUGAUAGAAAACCUUUUAAUAGAAAAUUGUUUUUUUUCUCUGAAUGAUGGCAAGAUUUUAAUUUUUCAGUGACAAAGCUUAUGCUCCUAUUUGGUGUGCUUUUGCCCUGUAUCACCAGCAAGCAGCUAAUGUAGCUGGUCCAGGGACCUCCAUGUUUGGACUUUAUCUGUGAAUGCUGUGGAGGCAUAUUGAAAUUUGUAUUUUUGUCUUUCAUCCAUUUACUACUUGGUGUAAUAGUGAAGUGUGCAAAGAGGUAGGUUUUCUCAGAUAUGAGUGUUUGUGCUAAGCACGGUUGUAUUGUAUCUAAGCGCCUUUCAACUUCCCUCCGUUGAAACUAGAGGUGCUGCCUCUCCAGUGGUUCUCACGGAGCAGAAAUCUUUGUGAGUCUUUCCUAUCUGUGUAAAUGAUGUGUCUUCUAAUUCCAGUUGAACUGAGCUUUAGAGGUGUGCCUGAGGUUAUUUCGAAGUAUAAAAGUUUUAAGUCAAGCCUAGCUCAUUAGUGGUUCUAUUUUAGCAGUACUCUUAAGGUACUGUAGAUCAGGCCAGGCUUCUGCAGGUACAAACUGCUUUCCAAGAGCUACAUACCAAGUUUGAGGGUAAAUAAAGCUGUUAAUAUCUAGUCUGACCUCUUGGACAACAAAUAACACUAGAUUUCACCCUUCUGUUGUUAUAUUCAUCUCAGUUAUCUUAAGCUUUGCAUUAGCUCCUGUGUUUAAAAUGAAGUUAGGAAUUGCUAGGGCAAUGGUUAGAACUGGCAAUGGGUAAAACAACUUUUUAGAUGCUUUGUAAGAUGUCACGUACUGCAUAACGAUGCCAUAAGUCCUCAAACUGAAUGACUGGACUCUUCAAUGACAUGUAUUUCUGUUGUUGCAAAUGCAGCACGCUGUUUGCUUGUCAUUAGGAGUAUGUCUGAUGCUUGGGUGAAUUACAGAAAUCAUUUAGCACAAGUUUCUGGACACACAAAGCAGAUGUAUGCCUCUGGGGGAGCCUGAAACUUUUAUGUCAGCAUUUCAUAUGGCUAGGGGCCUGGUGACUGAUCAGCUUAGCCACUGAGCUGCAAACCCAAGUUCACCAUGGGAAAGAAGUGCCUAAAUAAAAAGUAAUUUUGAGACAGUUCCAUCAAGAGUAGAAUAAAUAUAAAUAUCUAUAAUUUCUUACUAUGUACAGCUUCACUGCUGUAAUCACUUCCUACUCUGAAAUACAACUAGGCACCAAAAAGUCUCUUCCCUUGGAGGCUCUUGCUUCCUCUCCCUUGGGCUGUUCCUAUGGGUAUUCGUGUAGUCCGCUGUUUUUCCCUCCCUUUCCCCCUCCCCUUACUUCCCCUCCUUCAGUACUUUGUGUCCUCAGGACACUCCUUUCUAAAAUCUGGUUUAGGAAGGUUGUUGUUUUAUUUAUCCUUAGUUCUCUUGGCCUUCUGAACCUUGCUUGGUUGGCUUUCUGUGCGGUCAUCAGCUGACCAGGACUCUCAUAAAUUACUAGAAACUUAGGAAGCUAGAAACAAGGGACUUAUUUCUCCUCUUGACUUACCAGCUUUUACUGCAAAGGAGCAUUUUUUUAUCAUGUUUUUGGUUGUGGGUUUUUUUUCCCUCUGCUUUCUGAUGCUUUGUUUUUGUUUCGGUUGCUGGGAUGACCAUCUCUGUCUCUUCUGUUAGUGUAUGCCAAAGGCUACUGCUUUUGACACCUCCCCUUUCUUUCACACUUGACCAAAGGGUGUCGUAUUAUCACUUAGGCCCAUCAUACUGUGACAUCGAAGUGAGUUCUUGCGUUUCUUGACCUCAUGUUCUUAAUUCUCUUUCUGUCUCACCAUUUUACUGCCUUGGGCAUUAAAUAAGACGUGUUCUUGCAGCUACACUGCCUGGUUUCCCUCUCAGUUGACGCUUCAGAAAGUUUUCAGAUGCUACUAGAAAUCUCAGUGUUUCCUUCCAUCAGAACAUUUUUUUCUCUGCUCUUCCCAACAUGAAGUCUUGCAUGUGUAUGUUGUUUCACAUCUACAAGUUUUUUUCUUAAGUUUCAUGAAAAUUGCUGGUGCUUAGACUUGCAUUUGUGCCUUGAUUUUUAUAUCACCACUGAUCCGCUCUUCCAAAAUGGUUACAUUAGCAAAUCCAGUUCAGAACUGUACAGUUUGUCUACUCUUUCCUGCUCUACCUCAUUAUUAAACUACUACUCCUCUUUUCUCAUUGUUUUCUCAUCUGCCUGUGGAGUUGAUUAAAAUUCUGUCUUCCAUUUUAGACUUAAGGUUUUAUUUGAUGGUCCUUCCUUUGUUUCCUAGUUUCCUAUCUACCUCUCUCAUUAUUUCCAAACUGCUUCCUAAAUACAGCCCAUUCUACAACUUCGGAUCUUUGGACAUGUCUUCCUAUUCCCUGCUUUUUCUGACGUAUCAUUUUAAAGCCCAUUUUCAAAAUGCUAUUUUAUGAUAUUUGUCUCUUUGAAGCAUAGUAUUUGAUUGUGACUAAGCAAGUGAGCUUGUAUGUAUUUUGUCACUUGCAUGUUUAAUCCUUCAGAUAAAGUUGCUCUUUAAAUAAAAGUGAAUGUGAUAUUCUGGAAUGAAGUCUUCUACCUCACUUAAGUAUUCGUGUAAAGCUGUGGAAAAAAAAAAACUUGGAAACAAUUUUUUUUCCUGGUUAUUUCUUUCAUUGAUUUUCCUUCUCCAAUCUCAGCAUAAAAUCCAAGUUCUUUGUUCAAAAAGCUGUUUGCUGCUGCCAUUCCUUUAUUGCAGCAGUGUCAUAAGCAAGAUGAUGGGAGCAUAGAUAUCUGAAGUUAUUGCAUUAAAGAAUAAACAGCAGAGGUAGUCUUAAGAAACAAAGAACUGUGUAAAAGUAAAAAAGCUUUGGGCUAAGUAUAAAGAACUUCCUGGAAAGGAUUGAUAAACUGGUUGCAUUCUGUUCAGUAUUUCUGGGACAUGUUUCAGCCUGAUGGACAGCAGUGAUUCCUAAAGAAUGUUUCUUGUGAUGUACCAAGUUAUUGCAAGGAACAAAAUCUUCUGAACUAUCUCUAAAGAAGGGUUGUGAAAAUUUGAGAAUUUUUAAGACUCGUUUUUAAAAUAUCGGACACCUGCAGAAAUGACUUAAUGACAUACUCUUGAAGUGUGAUGUCAGUUAUUUCUUACUGUGUCAUCAGUUAUCUUUUCAUUGCCAACACAGUUCAGUGGGGAGCAAAAUCUCAUGAUUACUUUAAGAAUGUCUGUUUUCUUUGUAUGGUGAUACAAUUCUGUAGACCUUUCUAAUAUAGUCUGAAUGAGAUGUUCAUGGGACCAUGGCGUAAAAUCCAUCUGUGCUGUGGGAAAGUAGGGAAAAAAAUUUGAGUGGUGAUGGGCUGAGAAUUGCUGUGAUAGCUUUAUGUUAUGGAUAGCAUGAAUAGGAUUAUUUCUUGGGAAAUCCUUUUGCACAGGUGCUUCAUUUUUAUCAAACACUUCUUAAAUAGGCCUGUGGUAGUAGAAUAAAUAAGGCCAAAGGAAAAUAAACAGCUUGUAGAAAAUGAGAUUGUUGUUCUUUCUCUCAACUGGCUAGUCCAGCUUUUGGUUAUUGCCUGAAAGUUUUCACUGAUCCAGAGACAGGUACUUAGCAUCUCCUCACCAGGCUGUUACUGAAAUAGUCCGUGAGUACUGUUUUCCAUCUGUUUCUUGUCUUUCAGUUCUUGGAUUCAUUGUUCCUGAUGCAGCUUUCCCUUCUGUAGCAUUUGGAAGCAGGGGCAGGUUUCUCAGCAGGAGUAGGCUUGACUGCCAACUUUUUAUUCCUCCCUAACGAAUGUUACCUAGUUUACCUAGUUCAGUUUUACAUCCUGAUAGCUGUAGGCAAUUGUUAAAAUUCAUACGUUUCUCUGCAAGAAUAGUUGGCAGACUUUUGAAAUUAAGUAUUUGGUCACAAGAACUAUUUAUCUCGGGUCUGUUGGAGUAAACUGAUUUUUCACUUUUUUCCGUCCUACAGCUCUGGAUUUUCCUAGUUUGCUGUUGUAAGCAUUCAUUUGCACCUAGCAGAAGAAGUCUCCAGGAAAAAAAAUGCAAAGACAGAAGGUGUCUAAUUUUUGUUGAGUAUGACAUUCUGUCCAACAUGCUGCACACAUUAUUAUCCUUUCUGUUGUUCUUCUGGAAUAAGAAAUUUCUGUGUAGACUUUAGAACCCAGACUUAAGGCCCUAAAUUGUUGUGAUAGACCUACAUGAGCCAGGUGGAAACACUGAUAAUACCCAGAGUCUUGAAAUGCAGUAGGAUAGCAAACUGUGAAAACACUAAGUUUCUGAAGAUGUAUAUCUCCAGAUAAACUUUCUGUCUUUGAUUAAACGGAUCAGAAUUAUAAUCACCAGCUUAAACUGAAAGCUCUUCAACUGGUUAAAAUUGCAAGGCACAGUGCUAUGCCCUUUAAGAGGCGAUGCAGUGAUCCCUGCAAGCCAGGGAAGUUUUUUUCUGAGAAGCUGUUGAGUAAUAUGUUGGUGUCUGCUUCAAAGCAUGACUGCAAAGUACUGUGAAUUAAUACAAAGACUUUUUUUCUUCUGCUUGUGUUGCAAAGUGUAAAAUGUCAAUGCUACAAUGCAUCUAGUACAGCCCAGAACUGCUUCCGUUCAUGCUUUUGCUUCUUGGGAUUGGCCUCAAUAUCUGAAGCUUAUACUAUAGCAAUCCUAAGACUACCUUUGUUAAACAUGAUGAUAAGCUAUUACUUACUAGAAAUGUUAUUGAAAAUUGAAAGGAUUACAGAAUUUGUGGAAUUAUGUGAUACUGCCUGAUACAGUGACUAAGGUCAUAUUGUUGUAAUUAAGAUAUUACAAACAAAAAAUCUAUAUUUAUUCUCAAAAGAUUAUUAUCAAGAUGCACAAGUGGAAAUGUAUGAAGCCACCGUAGGAAGAAGAGAGGCUAAAGAAAUACUUUCUGCCUUCCAGUGAAGGGGAAGAUUUGAGGUAAUCUGUCUAUUCUGAGAUAGUCAUUUCAAAGCUAUUUCUCCCAUACUUGAUGGCAAGUGAGCCAAACAGGCCAUGGACCAAGGUCAGUUGUGCACAUACAGAAAAACAGAGCUCAAGGAGACACAGGUCAGUUUGCAGAUUUGAGUGUAAACAAUCUAACUUUACAAUGAGGGUUUCUAGCAAGAAGCACCUGGAGUUUACAGUCCUCAGGUGUCUACAGCACUAGCUCCAUGCAGUUUUCUUGGUAUUAACGUCACAAAUAACAAAAUGGCAAAUUCGAGGACUCGUGAAGUGCUGUCCCAUUGAGCUUAUUUUUUAAUUUACCAAAAAUAUUAAUACCCUGGUAGGGUAUACUUGGACCAAAAGAUAAAAAUGCACUUAAGUUUUCAUUCAGAAACUGUAGCUCAGACUUUUUCCAGCAGUGCCUGUAUCUCACUGUCAGAUAAACAUUACAACUUCUUAAAAAACUACAGCACUCCUCAUGUAGCCAGUAACGUGCGUUUCGUACCUAAAAAGGUUCUUUUAAAAGCCACUGUCAUUCGAAGGAAAAAACCUUUUCUUCUGUCCUGCCUCUGUAGCCACCAUGGAAUCAGCAAGAGCUGGGUAUAGCUUAAAACUGACUUGGAAAGGACAAACGCUUGCCAAAAAUUCACAACUCUUUCUGUCAUGCUUUGCCGAUGUGUCAGGAGGAAAAAAGCAUCCAUGGUCACAUGGCAGAAGUGAUGUGAGGAAGCAGCUUACUGUUCAAAAGCAGCUCUUGCCGCCACCCUUGUUGGCCAUUAGCAGCCUGGGCAGAACGGUGAAGCUGCUCGUGAGGAGGUUUUGCUAUACACUUCGGUGUAAUUUAGCCAGCGUUGGGCUGUUGUGCCGCACAGAUGGCGCGGGGAGGAUGGAGAGAGACAGAUCUGGUAUACGUUAUUUUGUGAGCAUUUCACAGCACGCGAGGUGUGCCCGCAGAGUCACUGCCAGGCUCCGUCCCUAGUAACUGGUGUGUUUGAUCCUGCCUCUCCUGUUUUGCAGAGGAAACCCGGUGGGAGAAAAAACGAGUAAGCAAAUUUCCUCUUCUGAGGCAGUGAUGGUAGGAGGCUUGGUUAUCCUUGUUCCUUUCCUGGAGAAACAGGAACUGCAGGAGAAAGGACUGCUUUAGUGGAGGACUGUCAGAGCUGGCUUCUCUCAUGAUGUUUACAAGUCCUGUUAGAUGUCACUAAGUGCUCAUGCUCUCAGUUGACAGAAAUGAAGGCCUGUCAGGGAAGGAAGAUGGCUUCUGAUGUUCCUGGAUAACUCUUUCAUUAGCUGCUAGCUUCAUAGUGUACAUUGGGUGACUUAGCUGAAGAAAAUUAGUACACCUGAGACUUUCAGUCAGUCUUGUAUUCGUUUAGAAUGAAAAGUGGUUUGAUCAGCUUAUGUAAAAACAUAUCCAUCCUUUUUCCUCUCAGAAGAUCAGUGCUCUCCCUCAGGAAAGAAAUGAAAGCUGUUCCCGCUCCUUUAGCGAUUGCUUCUGAUUUCCACUGCUUCAGAGCAAAGUGCAGCUGUAUCAUUGUAUCUUCUGCUUGACAGAUCAUUCUGAGAUGAGAAAAUGAGAGAAGUGUUCACUUUCUUUAGGACUAAAAUGGGCAUUAUGAGGGGAGUAGUUGUGCUGACCUCUUUCCAGGUGGUGCAUGCAUCCAGUAUAGCUGUAUGGAUUGGGACUCGUUAACUGAUCAGUAAUUUGUAAAACUUCCUAGAUGAAACACCCAAGGACAGCAUGGCCUACCAGACCAGCACGGGAUUGGAGUCAGGUGCUGACAAAUUCUGACCUCCCGACUGCCACUUGCUCACUGUAUGGCCUUUGGAAGUCACCUUCCCUCUCUCUCCCUGAGGCUCCACAGCUGUAACACAUCUGAGAGCAAUCGUUGCCUGUUGUGCAAGGGUUUCUAGGGAGCAGUGAGUGCUGUAAAAACGCUACGUGUUGUUAUCAAAAGUAUAAUACGUCAGGUAAUGCAGAUACAUAGAUCAUCUGCCCUCUUCAGGCACUUGACUGUUAGCCUUAUGUCUCGACACACUAAAAUGUGCAGAAUAUCAGGUACAAUGACACACUUGAGUCUUGAAAUUACUUGUGUCUUCAAGGUCAGAUUUGGUAACUUCAAUAUCUGUUUCACAGCUGCAAUACCAUGUUUUGGACAAAUGGUGGUAAAUGGGAGUGUAACUCAUUUGUAAUUCCUUUGUCUUCCUAAAUAUUUUGUUUAUUAGGAAGCUGAUGCUGCUAUGAACACACUGAAUAAUAUGAAAUUUGCAAUAUUCUGCUUUCUAGAUAUAAAUAUUUAUAUUUAACAGUGCUAAAACUGCAAUGCAAU